UAUACUUCUGCCUGUGCGAUUUAAGCUUCUAUCGUUGUACUUUCAACGCGGAAACAAAAUCCUGAAUUGCAGAACUGCAGUCCCAUUUUUCUAAACUAAGUCAAAUAUUUGAAUUAUGUAUGUAUUGUGUCUGAGCAAAACUCCUCCACGUGGAGGUGCUAUGUUAGUUUACAACGCACAAUGAGUGCUCUCGAAAGAGUGACGUCAUUGACAAUGUAUCAUCCGUCAUCUUGAAAAGUCGAAGUCUCGAUACAUCAUUCUAUUCUCCUUUUGCGAGGCUUCUCCUAACUAUCGUGAUCAAACUAAAUGACCAGAGGGUACAAUGGCCGAGUUACUCUUUUUGAUUAGAAUUAUUUGCAUUGCUAUUUUCAUAUUCUGCGUAAAUUCCUCGAAAGGUUUGAUGAAGUUCGGUAUUCGUCACAAACCUCAACUUCUCUAUUCCAAUAGUGAACCUGUACUGUUUGUAUGCCUUUAAAAAGGUUGCGGGAUUUAAAAUGAUAUCAGUCAUCAGUUUUUUCAUCUUGACGCUUGGAACAAGCGGGGGAGCGUUCAAAAUUCUGGUUUUAUAUCCCACGCCAUCUUUCAGUCACCAACGUUCUAUAAUGGCUUUGACCGAGAGGUUGGUCAAGGAAGGCCAUGAACUGUUUGUUGUUAGCCCAAAUGUAGUACCGAACUUACAAGAUUGGCUCGACGGUGCAGAGGAAGGAGUGAUUUUUUUCAGCCUCGGAAGCAAUAUGAAAAGCAAAUCUUUGCCGGAAGAAGUGAUUGGCAACUUAUUGCUGUUUUUCAAGGGGUUGCCGGUUGGCUACAGGGUGCUGUGGAAAUGGGAGCUGGAUGAAAAAAUCCCUGGACAGCCGGAGAAUAUUCUGACUCAAACUUGGAUGCCACAGGAAAGCGUCCUAGCACACCCAAAAGAGAGUGUUCAUUACACAAGGAGGACUCCAGGCUUCCAGGAGAUUACGGAGUGCCAACUGUUGGCAUCCCGUAAUUUGGAGAUCAGGAAUGCAUCGUCUCAAAAAUGGUAGAUGCUGGAGUGGGCGCACGAUUAUCGCCAUCGGAUUUCUAUUCAUAUGAGAAAGUAAAAGCAACCCUUGAGGUGGUUUUGUAUGAUGAGAGUUUUUCCAAGAAUAUGAAAAGACUCUCGGCCAUAUCACAGGAUUUUACAUCCCGAGCCCUGGACAAAGCCGUUUUCUGGAUAGAACACGUGGCUCGACAUGGAGGAGCACCUCAUUUACGCCCGACAACUGCCGAUGCGACCCUCUCUGAAUAUUUCUGCCACGACGUUAUAGCUGUGAUCUUAGUUAUAGUUUCUGUCGUUUCAAUGGGCCUGUUGCAAA